AUGGUCACUCCACCCGCGACGACUCGUACUGACCGAGUUGCGCGUGGUGCCGAAGACUCGAAAGUGACCAGGAGCAGUCUACGAAGCACCGGACGACGCUCAAGUCGCAAGUCCCGCUACGCCGACGACUCAUCUGAUGACCACGAUGACUUCACGGGAGACGGAGGUGCGCAAAUGGACGAAUAUCUGCGACAGAUCCGGGAGGUGAGCGACGCAGAGACCGUGAACCCGACGCCGAGGCUCGAGGUAGCGAUGCACCGACCACUUGGGCAGAUCCCGACGUUCUCGGGCGCUCGCAACAGGAGCGAGAACUCGAUGCAGUGGCUGCGCGCUUUUGUGUACGAGAUGAAAGGUACACACGCGCCGCCCAAUGAAUGGUGCAUGCCCUUCGAGCUCCGCCUGAGAGACGGCGCGGUACACUGGCACCGACAAUUGACCAAGAAGACCAAGCGAACCUGGACUCUGCUGAGCGACGCCGCCAGCGAUCAAGGCUCCGACGACUCCGAAGAAGGCAGACACGAUGGUUACUCGUCGGAUGACAGCGCGCUGGCGGCGUCGCUGUCAUCGUUGAACUGCUGGCGCGCACUGUCGCAUCCGGUCGAGGUGCUCCUGGCGUCCCGUCCUUGCAGCUCAGCAACUGUUUUCCACUGA